CCACUACGAACCGGCAAGAAGAGUACCAGCAACGAGAAUGAUGAUUAGUAAUAAACGUUAUAAUGGAAUCUUCUCUUUCCUGUUCGCUUUGUUCAUGUGGUAAAUGUGGUAGAGAGUCCUGUCCCUACUUUACAGGAAAAAUUUAUGAACACAGCAUGAAAAUCUACCAAAAGUCUACUUUUUCAUCCCGAAUGAAGAAUCAUUCAUACCUGGGCCAAAUGGGAAUCUUCGCUGACACAGGUGGUACCUCAACUGAAAAACCGGGGCUAGAUCCCACUCUUAGUCUCAGAUUUACAGAAGGUGCAGACACAAAAAGGACUGUCCAUGAAUUUAUUAAAGACCACAGAGACAGAUUUAUGCUCGAGUAUGCUCUGUCAACCAAAAGAAACACAAUUCAGAAGUUUGAAAAACACACAAUAAUGAAGGAAAGACAAUUCAUGAAAGCAGAAAAAAAGCUCGAAGAAGACGCAAUGGCCUUUGAAGAGUUCCUUCGAGAAAACGACCAGAGAUCUGUAGAUGCUCUUAAAAUGGCAGCACAAGAAACUAUAAACAAACUCCAAAUGACAGCAGAGCUGAAGAAGGCGAGUAUGGAGGUACAGUUGAUGAAAAGUGAAAUAGCAAAAACAGAAUUCCUCCUUAAAGAGUACAUGCACUAUGGAUUUUUUCUGCUGAAACUGUCUCCAAAACAAUGGCAAAUCCAGCAAGCAACGAAAAGGGUGUCAAAGAAUAAAGAAAAUGUGAAUGUCAAGCUUCCAAGUAUAAUGACAACAAAACCGCGCAAGACGACCACUCCCACCCAGGAGCAAAAGAAAUCAUCCUUAUCAAACCGAGCUGAAAGUAUCAGUUCAGAAGACAGUUCGGAAUUCUUUUUAGAUGAUGAUAUGGACUAUGAUCUGGAGCCAGAACUUUAUUUCAAAGAACCCGAAGAGUUACUUCAGGUCCUCACAGAGCUGGAAGAGCAGAAUCUUACUUUGGUACAAUACUCCCAAGAUGUAGAUGAAAAUCUGAAAGAUGUAAAUAAAAAAGAAAAACUUAUACAGGAUAAAAUAAAUACCAACAUAGAGUUUCUUUUGGAACACAAGGAAAUGCUUAAGGUUAACUGUGUAAGAGAAGAGGAAAAAGCAGCAGAACUGGAAUUAAGGUCCCGGCUAUUUAGUUUUGGAGAAUGUAAUUCAGAUGCUCAGGAAAAACUGAUAGACUCUCUUAGUAAAAAAAUUAAUCAAGUAUACAAAGUCUGCAUUGGAGAUGCUGAGGUUGGCAGCCUCAACCCAGUUCAAAAGCUGGUAAAAGUAGAGUCUCGCCUGGUGGAACUGAGUGAUCUCAUUGAAUCCAUUCCCAAAGAAACCGUGGAGGCAAUUGAGAGGAUGAAACAGAAAGAACGACGGCAAAAGUUGCGUGAAGAGAAAGUGAAAGAAAAACAAAAACACCAGGAGGAAAGGCUAAAAACUGCUCUGGAAAGAGCAGGAGCACAACCAAAGAAAAAGCUGGGAAGACAACUUAUGUACCGCUCAAAACCUCCAUCUGCUAACAAACAUGAACUACUUUUAGUCAAGGAUACAAGAACAAAAUCACUGGAGGAAGAAUAUUUUUUCACUUGAAUAGGAGCAGUAAGACAUUUAUAACCAGAAUGCUUUAGGCAUAUUUUGCAGAUUUUUGCUUUUCAGUAAUGGCAAUAUUCUGCCCCACACACAGGCCUAACCAAUUUCAGGAAGACAGGUCCUUACUCUAAAAGGCUCUUAGGAUUGGAAAUGGGAGUUAUUUUCUUUUGUUGAAGACCUUUAUUAUCCACAUCCUAACCAUUAUUCCAUAUAGCUAAACAUUUAUACUUUCUGUUGUCCCAGGUGGGGAUACACAUCCAAAGUGACCUUACUGAUGUAACUGUAUGGUGAAUGACCAUUUAAGUGCAAUAAUGGCAUUCUGACAACCUAAGACUUUAAAUAAUCUUUUUUUUUUUUUCAACCAGUCCACAGGAAAGUUCAUAGUGUCAAUUUUAUCCCUGUGGAGUAUACAUUUUAACAAUGUGCAACUCUAAAAUACUGAUUUGAGGAGUUUAAAACUUAAAUGAAAACUACUAGAUUAUGUUCUCAUGAGAACAUAAUGAGACAUAACCAACCAUGAGACUGAUUUUUAAUUCACAUUAAGGGGUUCUGUUCAGAAAACUUAAUUCUCUUAAGUGAACAAACAAUAUGUCUUCAGCCUACAUGUCAGUUCACAAUUUCUGUUGUGUUCUAUACUCAAAACCAUCUUAAUUUUCAGGUGACGUUUCAAUUUUAGCUGUAAUGUGCAUAUCAUUUAGCUCACAUUGAUACAGAAUUAACAUGUAAUUUAUUGACUAGUAAGUAAAAGUCUAUAUUAACUCUAAUAAAAUAUUUAACUUUAUAUGUGUCAAAAGUGGCUCAAAAAUAACUCUAAAAGAAACAGUUGCUUUUAAAAGGUCUCAGUUAAUAUACAAUUACAAGGGAUAAAAUUGACUUUCAUAAACAUUUAUAGAGUAUAUAAAUAAAUUUCCCUUAUAGAAAAAAAAUACAGCAUUGGGCUUACAUGAAAACCAACUUGAAUAAAGUUGGGUGGCUUUUAAAGCAUUAGUUCUGUGAAUAAUUUUUCAACUGU